CUGCUUUCGUUUUCAUUCGGAAUAAACAUAUUUGUUUUGCGAAAAAUUUAGGAAAAAUUGUCGCCUCGUUGUUAUUAAAAUUACGUAAAAAUUUUGAAAUAUUUUUUAACAUUAUGAGCUAAAUUUUACUAAUAAAAACUGGAAUUCUUCCAAACCAUAUCUAUACAAAUGGAUACGAAACAUAGAAUGACGUAAAAAAGAAAAGAGGAAGAGCAGUGAAAAAAUAUAUUUUUGGAUAAUAUUAAACGGUAACAAGAUUCGUUGAAAUCGUUAAAUGCAAUAUGAGUAAGCCCGAAACGGAUUCAGACAGCUCGGAAGAGUAUUUCGAUGCGGAAGAUUCGACGCCAAAUCGCCUAUCAACCUUAAGUCGUAAAACUUUAACGUCUUCUAUCCAAGAAACUCAGGAUUAUAUUUUUCCCGAGCCAGCUGUAAAAAUUAAUGCCUCUUCCGAUAGCGAUGCCACACCCAUUGGAACGGGCACACCCGCAACUAGUAGUCCUACAAGCAGUCUUAGUGCUCGAUGUGCCAAACAAGAUUGCUUUAUUGAACCGAAGCCCAUGCAAAGCACCUAUGGUAGACAUCGAUUUCAUGAACUUCGCCAGUGUAUGCAAAAUGAUGAAGAUGAUAUUCCUGGGAACACACUAACGCCGGACUCUCAGAAUAGUUCAACUGAUGGCAUGUUUACCAAUCGUCCUACCCAUCCUUUCAAGGUGAUUGAAAAUGAUUCAAUAAGUUUACAAAGCAUGUCUUCUUUGGGGCGUGUAGGCCGGAUUUUGGCUGGUAGUAUAGAUCCGUCAGGCAUUAGCAUUGACCGGGAAUUCCUUGCCAGCAGUACUAUUGCUGAGAGUGGCCAGCAACCACAAUCAUUUCAACAAUUGCAACAACAACAACAACAGCUUCAACAAUAUCAACAACAACUAAAUAACUCAAAUGUUGGCAGUGGAGGAAUAACAGAAACGAGUACUUUAAAACACGCUGGUACCCAGUCCAAUCCAAACGAUAUUGGUGUUAAUCGCAUCCCAUUAUCGUUGGAAAUUUCGUUUAAACAACCUCAGCUUGGUUCGAACACAACACAAGUUCCUGCUUUGUCUACAGAAAACAAAGUCGUCCUUCAAGAACCAGAUGUUAUAGCGAGCACAAAAUUGGCACAUUCGAAAACUACCGAUUCUAUAACGUCAAGCGGACCAAUAGCACCACCUAGACGUAAGAAAAAAUGUAGAAAAUUUUCCUCCAGUUCUUCGGAACAAUUUAAUUUAAAUGAAGGUAUGCGUUUGCCGGCAGUUGACACAGACACGGACAGCGAUACGAGGUCGGUGAAAAGUGUACGGGAUGUGCAGCAGAAAUUACGUGAGGAUCUGGUGAAGGAUAUAGAAAACAGUUGGGCAGAAACUGCUUCAUUGACAAAUAAACGUAAUGAGAUAGUUCCUUGUACUGGCGGAUUCUUUAAUUCGACUAUAUUGGGUGUUAGCGGAUUUAAUGCUAAUGCUUCGUCUAAUACGCCUUUGAAUGCUUCUAACAGUUUGAUGGCUCCUUCGUCGUCAACAGCAUCUCAUAGUCAAACAUUGACCUGUAAUACUCGACCCGUGACGACGGCCGCUUUAGGGGGAUCAAUUAAUCGCAUCUCCCAUUCUUUGGGUAAUAGUUCUAUAUCAGUAUAUUCUAAAGCAAGUCCCACUAAUUCGGCUAAAAGUAAUUCUGCACCUGGCCGUGUCAGCUCGAUUGAUCCCACGCAAGGUUUAAAUCUUUAUAAAGCCAUUCAAGGCGGAUAUGUAGUUAAACCCCGAGAUGAGGAGUGUAAUAAAGCUGAAGGACCUACUCAAGAAGAGAUUGAACGUAUCGAACGUAUAUUAAACGAUAAUAUUCAGCGUCCCAAACUAGCCGGCACGGGUUCAAAUAGCUUGGGCAGUACCACGAGAUAUCCUUCGUUGAUCUAUCGUUCAGGUAACGAUAAGGAACGGCGCAAAUCAGCUGGAGAUGAGGAUGUUCUAAAACAAAUGAAUAUAUACGUACGAACGCGUACGAAUUCUGGUAAGCAAUUAUCUGAUUUCGAGAUACUCGAGCAAGUACCGGUUAAAAAUCUUGACACUGGUGAAAAUAUGCCAUUAUCUGAAGUGCGUCCGCCGCCCGUGCCCGAGGGAUGGAAUCCUCUCUCAUUGCACAUAUUGAAGCUUACCUCGCAUCUUGAAGUUAUACAAAAAGAGUCCGAUGACGAAAGUGUUAUAGGCAUACCGCCUAGCAAUGAGAGUCAACAGCAAGAUGAAGAGGAAGGUGAAACCGAGGAUGGUAGCCGUCUGAAAAAGAAGACGGCGAAAAUUAAGCGUUUCUUUGGUUCGACAGUGCGAAGAACAGUUGACAAGGCUAGGUCUUUUGCAUCCGAAGUAUCUCAUGCCCGCCAUAAAGAAGAUGUUGCUGAUAUUGUAGACGUCAUGAAUCCUGAGCAGAAUAUAAAAAUAAAAGCCUCCUCAACGAAUAAGGGUCCGUAUGAAUUUACCAAGUUGCAGCAUGUUCAGGAUUUAUCUGGAGAGCAUACCGGUGCUGUAUGGUGUAUGAAAUUCAGUUCAUGUGGCCGUUUGUUAGCCACUGCUGGUCAAGAUAAAGUAUUACGCGUCUGGGUCCUUAAAGAUGCCUAUCCGUUUUUCCAGGAUUUAAGAAAUAAGUAUAAUGCUGAUCAGAAAUCAUCACCUACACCGUCGCAAGAGUCCUUAGUGUCUCAACAUUCGGCUGAGGAAGCUAUUGCGAUGGCGACGGCUGCCGAACAAUGCACUGGUCCAUUCAUGCCCAAGUCAUUCUGUACCUACAUGGGACAUACGUCCGAUUUGCUUGAUGUCUCAUGGUCGAAAAAUUACUUUAUCUUAUCCAGUUCAAUGGAUAAAACAGUUCGAUUAUGGCAUAUUACUCGCAAAGAAUGUCUCUGCUGUUUUCAGCAUAUUGAUUUUGUUACCGCAAUUGCGUUUCAUCCACGCGACGAUCGUUACUUUUUAAGCGGUAGUUUAGAUGGCAAAUUGCGGCUUUGGAAUAUUCCUGACAAAAAGGUCGCCGUCUGGAAUGAAGUGGAUGGGAAAACGAAACUCAUAACUGCAGCGAAUUUUUGCCAAAAUGGCGAAUUCGCAGUGGUCGGCUCGUACGAUGGUCGCUGUAUUUUUUACAACACGGAUCAACUGAAAUAUCAUACACAAAUUCAUGUGCGUUCAACUCGUGGAAAAAAUCGUAUUGGCCGAAAAAUCAGUGGCAUUGAGCCAAUGCCUGGAGAAGAUAAGAUAUUGGUUACUUCAAAUGACAGUCGGGUGCGACUCUAUGAUUUGCGUGAUUUAAAUUUGUCAUGCAAAUAUAAAGGCUAUAUAAACAUCUCCUCGCAAAUUAAAGCCUCAUUUAGUCAUGACGGCAAGUACAUAAUAGCCGGUUCGGAAAAUCAAUGUAUUUACAUAUGGAAAACCAAUCAUGACUAUUCAAAAUUAAGUUCCGUUCGAAGGGAUCGUAGUGAUUUUUGGGAAGGUAUUAAAGCCCAUAAUGCAACAGUUACGUGUGCUAUAUUUGCUCCACAUCCGGAAGCCAUUAUAAAACCAGAACCUGAUGAAAUUUCUAAUGAAAAACAAACUAAUAAUCAACCUGAUCCCUUGGUGGAGCAACACAAAAAAGGUUGUGGCUAUGUUAUGAUUAGUGCCGACUUCAAUGGUGCUAUUAAAGUUUUUAUAAAUAAAACUAAACCCAAACACAGUAGCUUACCUUACACGGCCAUAGCAGAUUAAUUAGUUCUAAAAUUAAAAUAACUAUAUUGAAAAAAAAAAAAAAACAAAAACGAAAACAUUUAACGAUUUUAAUUUGACUUGUAAUUAAAAAGGAAGAAAAAGAAGAAAAAGAAAAAAAAGGAAAAUGAAACCAAAUUUAAUAAUGAAAUUCUUUAUAAGAACGAAUUCUUGUGUAACAUGUUUCGAUGCGAAUGAUUUAUAUAAUUAAACUUUUAAUUCAAUUGGAAAAACAAACGAACGAUCGAUCGAUCGAUCGAUCGAUC